AUGUCUAUCGGUGUGCCUAUUAAAGUACUUCACGAAGCUGAAGGCCAUGUAGUGACCUGUGAAACAAAUACCGGUGAAGUGUACCGCGGAAAGUUAAUAGAAGCUGAAGAUAAUAUGAAUUGCCAAAUGACCAGCGUCACUGUUACUUAUCGGGAUGGACGUGUAGGUCAACUGGAAAAUGUUUACAUUAGAGGCUCAAAAAUUCGUUUUCUAAUUUUACCAGAUAUGUUGAAAAAUGCUCCUAUGUUUAAACGACAAGGGAAUAAACCGACUGCAGGUCGUGGAAAGAGUGCUAUAUUACGAGCACAAGCUGCUGGUCGAGGUCGAGGGGGGGGAAGAGGGGCAGCAGGCCAUCGCGGUGGGUGGCAGGGUGGUUCAGGACCUUCUCGACGUUAG